CCCUAACAUUCAAUACCCACAAUUAUAAAUUACCACAAUCUCAGUUCACUCACACUUCAUACAUUGCUCACUUGCGCCCUCUGUUUCUUCUUUUUUCUUCUCUUUCUAGUUGUUGAUAUAUUUUCCACUUGAUCUCUUUCAAGAAAAAGAUAAUGGCGAAAAAUGUAGCUCAGUCUUCCCUGGAAAGAAAUGGGUUGGCCUCACUGGAUCAGAGACUUGCCAUGGCAAAGAAAUGCUCUUAUGAGGGCGUGAUGGCUGGAGCAAAGGCAGCUGUUGUUGCAGGCUUUGCAACUGCAGUUCCUACAAUUGCCAGCGUGAGAAUGCUGCCAUGGGCCAGAACCAACCUUAAUCCCACUGCACAGGCACUCAUCAUCUCCACUGUGGCAGGUGCUGCCUACUUCAUAGUUGCAGACAAGACGGUUUUGGCAUCUGCAAGAAAGAACUCCUUCAAUAAGUCUAACAUGGAAGUUUAACUAAUUCUCUACAAUUAACUACUACUUCAUAGUUGCAGACAUGCUUGUAUAUCCCCACUCCCUCUCCUCCUUUUGUAUAUUCUUCCUCGUCUUAAUACAAUUAUUUAUUCAUCAAAAAAAAAAAAAAAAAAAAAAAAAAAGAA